CUUCUUCCUCUCACUAAUAAUUUCUUCUUCCCCCCCAAAAUUCCCAUUUCCCAUUUCCGCCACCUCCUUUUUUUCACUCCGAUUCCUCUUGUCCCACCUUGUGGGGAGGGAAUUUGCAGUACGCUCUGGUAGGGAAGGGGGAAGAAGAAGGAGAUUAAAUUCCUCUGGCGGGGACAUCGCCAUGGCAGCAUCAUCAGCAGCUCCUCCGCCACCCCAACUCGGAGCUGCUGAAGCAGCAGCAGCAGCAGCCGGCCGCGACAACGGCAAUUCGAAUUCAGGCGAGAUUGAAGAGAGGAGCAGCAACAGAGGAGAAGAAGGAGACGGCGGCGGCGGAGGAGGAGGAGGAGGCAGCGGCGGCGGUAGUUACGGCGGAAACCGGUGGCCCCGGCCGGAAACAAUCGCGCUGCUGAGGAUAAGGUCGGAGAUGGAUUCGGUUUUCCGAGACUCCACUCCUAAAGCUCCAUUGUGGGAGCAAGUUUCCAGGAAGCUUGCGGAGCUUGGAUACCAUCGAAGCGCCAAGAAAUGCAAAGAGAAGUUCGAGAACGUGUACAAGUACCACAAGCGCACCAAAGAUGGCCGCACCGCCAAGCACGACGGCAAGACUUACCGCUUCUUCGAAGAAUUGGAAGCUUUUGAAGGCAAGCAACAGCUCCAAUCCCCCACCGCCGCUCCUCCUCCUCUUCCGCCCAAGCCGGCGCCGGCAUUAAUUACUCCGGCAUUGCCAAACCACAACACAAUUCCUCAUCAAAUAAUCCCCACUGUUCCAUCAGCGCACGGCAACAGUACUACUACUACUACUACUACUCCCCUUACUUCAUUCAACUUCACCAUCACCCCUCCGAGCAAUCUCAGCCCUACAGCUGUCACUCCAGCCGAGCCGAUCUCCUCAUCCCAGCCGCUGAAUCCCAGCCCGCAAAGCGUCUUCCACCCUUCCUACCACCACCACCACCACAACAAUCGCCAGGCCGCCACCGCCACCGCGCAUCUCUUCUCCAGCUCCACCUCCUCCUCCACCGCCUCCGACGAGGAGCCGAAGGAGGAGGCUCCGGCUGCCGCCGCGGGGACAGCAGCUACCACCCGGAAGAGGAAGAGAAAGUGGAACGACUUCUUCGAGAAGCUGACCAGAGACGUGAUAAGGAAGCAAGAGGAGCUCCAGAUGAAGUUUCUGGAAACCGUCGAGAAGCUCGACCGCGAGCGCCUGAUUCGGGAGGACGCGUGGCGCGUCCAGGAGCUGGCGAGGAUCAACCGCGAGCACGAGGUCCUGGUCCAUGAGCGCUCCACCGCCGCCGCGAAAGACGCCGCCCUGCUCGCCUUCCUCCAGAAGAUGUCCGGACAAGAAAUUCCUCGUCUCUCAUUGCCUCCUCCUCCGGCACCGAUAGCGGCUCACGCGAUGCCGCAGCCUGCUCCCGCGGCGCAGGCAUUGGCGGCGCCGGUAGUUCAAGCGAGAGAAGUUGUAAUCAGGAGAGAGAGCAGCAGCAGCAACGGCGCGGCGGCGGCGAGCGCGUCGAGGUGGCCGAAGGUGGAGAUCAACGCGCUGAUCGCGCUGAGGACGAGGCUGGACGAGAAGUACCAGGAGAACGGGCCGAAGGGCCCGCUGUGGGAGGAGAUAUCGGCGGAGAUGAGGAAGAUCGGGUACAAUCGGAGCGCGAAGCGGUGCAAGGAGAAGUGGGAGAACAUCAACAAGUACUUCAAGAAGGUGAAGGAGAGCAACAAGAGGCGGCCGGAGAAUUCCAAGACCUGCCCUUACUUCGAGCAGCUGGACGCGCUGUACAGGGAGAAGAGCAUCAGCACCACCGCCACCACCACCACCACGGCCAAGAUUGGAACAGUAAUGUCCUCGUCGCCGCCGCCCACGGAUGGUUACAUCGCGGCGAAUCCGUUGAGGGCGGUGGAGCCGGUGGCAGCAGCAAUGCCUCAGCUGCAGCAGCAAUGGCAGGCUCAUAGUCAUCCUGCUAAUCCGCAGCAGCAUGACGCCCACGACGAGGAAGAAGAAGGAGAAGGUGAGGAGGAUGACGACGACGAGGAGGAUUACGAGGAUUUGGAGACGGAGGACGAUGAAGAAGGCGUCGGGGUUCGCGGCGGCAGCAAUGGAGGUGGAUUUCAGGUUGUACAGAAUAGACCCAUAGCCGCGAACGAGCAGUGAGUGAAUUUUGAGAAAAUAGUAAAAAAUUCAAUUCGUUGGUGAAAAUAUUAUAUGACUCGAUUUUUAACGUGUGAAACUACAACGAUACUGUUUCUGUAACGGUAUCGUUGUAGUUUCGGAGGACGAAAUGAUUGAGUUAAACUAAGAUUAAGCAAACGUGAGGGGUUGUUGGUGGUGGUGGUGGCACUACAAAUGUGUGACUUCAAUUAUGCCCAUACACAUGGGACAGGGCGGAGAGAAGGAAAAGGAAGAUGGGGUUAGUUUUUGGGUUGGCAUUCUACAGUGGGAUCAUAAACAAAUUUUUUAUUUAUUUUUCUGUUGCUUUUUCUAUUUAAUUGUUUUUAUUUUAUUUUUUACGAAUUGUUUGUUGCAUAGAUAACACUGUGAAGAAAGAGAGGGGAUGGACAGGAUGAAUAAAGGAUAGUGAGAGAGGAGGAUUUUUUUUACUUUUUUUAUUAUUAUUAUACAGAGUUGUUUGUUGUAUUUAAGUUUGUGUCCAUAUAUAGAGAGAGGAGAUGAGGCGGAAAAGAAGAAAAGUGGAAGAAAUAAAAAAAAGGGGGAAUUUGCAGUGAUGUAUCUGUCUGUCUGUCUGUCUAUCCUUUUCUUUCUUUUUUCAGUAUGGGUUUGUGGGGGGAUGUAAUGAACUGUUUGGUGUGUUUGGUUUUUUGUUCUUUGUGUGUGGCCGUUUUGGGAGGAUGAUCUCACCUCAAUCAUAUUUCUUUUCACUUUGUUUUCUAAAAAUGUAUGGUUUGGGGUUGGAAGGUGGGAACCAAUGUAUUUCUUUCAGUAAUUAUUAAAAUUAAACUCCGAAACAAUGAUUAGAAAGUCUUCGGAA